CUUAUCAACACUCAGCCAGCAGCCCUCAAGUUCCGAAGCAAACAUAAAAGAGAGAGAAAAAGUGAAGGGAGAAAAAAAAAGGCAAAAAUAAAAUAAAAAUAAAAAUGGCGGGAAUCAAUUCCCUCCAUCUUUCUGCAAACCCUCGCCUCUCUUUGCCCGCCUCCUUCUCUUCGAGGUCAUUGCAUUUCCCAAUGAGGGCUCGGGUUCUUCCCGGAAUGCCCCUGCGCUCUAGAUACCCAAGAAUUUACGCGUUUUCGAGCAAUGAUAUCAAGGUGGGUUCCAAUAUUGAGGUUGAUGGUGCCCCUUGGAGAGUUAUAGAGUUUCUUCAUGUUAAACCUGGAAAAGGAGCAGCCUUUGUGAGGACAAAAGUUCGCAAUUAUAUUACAGGGAACACAGUUGAUAAAACCUUUCGAGCUGGAACUACGAUACAGCAAGCAGACAUAGUAAAAGAAACCAAACAAUUUACAUACAAAGAUGGAAACCAGUAUGUUUUCAUGGAUCUGUCAACUUAUGAAGAAUCUCGAUUAAGUGAUGCAGAAGUUGGCGACAAAAAGAAAUGGCUAAAAGAGGGAAUGGACUGUAAUUUACUAUUCUGGAAUGGACGGGUUAUCGACUUUGAGCUACCCAUCACAGUUAAGCUGGCUGUAGUUCAAGUGGAUCCUGGCUGGAAAGGCGACACUGCACAAGGAGGAUCAAAACCAGCUACACUCGAUACCGGUGCAGUUGUGAACGUACCUCUAUUUGUGAACACAGGAGAUGAGAUAAUGGUUGACACGAGAACCGGACAGUACAUGAGCCGAGCAUAGACAUAAAAAGCUAUAGCUUAAGCAAAAGCGCAGGAACUGGACAGUAUAUCAAUCGAGUAUUGAUCUGCAUCAUUUUUGGUUUCUCGUCCCCCCUGAACAAUUUCUUUGUCAAUUUGAUUGUAUGUUAGUCAUGUCAUCUGAAGUCUUAGUUUAAAGAGGUCCACACAACUCCGUAGUUUGAAGGAUGUGCGUAUAGAUUCAAGUGGUAUGAUAUAUGUUUACAUCUUACAAUUUUUUACUGCUGUUUCCUGUUCCGCGCGCACCUAUGUUGCUGUAAAAGAGACAUUAAUCUUACAAAAGAAAUCAAAUUCCAAUU